AUGUCUCUACAAGUUCCUACUGCCGGGAGGGAUGAUAUCUCAGCCACAUCUGACUCUCCACUUCAGCCUAGUGGCUUCCCAAUUUCUAUAGAAGAACUCUCCGCUCUACACGACCCUAAAUCUCUACAAAAAUUACACGAGCUUGGUGGCAUAGACCAUUUGGCUAAAAAUCUCCAAACGGAUGCGGCAAGUGGUUUGAACGAAUCGGACCUCGCCGAAAGAAAGGAGAAAUACGGCGCAAAUUUCUUGCCAUCGAAAUCCACCAAAUCUUUUUUCCGUCUCUGUGCUGAAGCUAUGAAGGACAAGGUUUUGAUUCUUUUAACUGCCGCCGCUGUUAUCUCUUUGGCUCUUGGUCUCUAUGAGACUUUUAGUUCUCACGUCACUGUCGAUAGUGAAGGAAAGCCUCUCCCGAAAGUGGAUUGGGUUGAAGGUGUGGCCAUUAUUACAGCCGUCGUCAUCGUUGUGGUUGUAGGCGCCGCGAACGACUACCAGAAAGAGCGCCAAUUUGCGAAGCUUAAUGCCAAAAAAGAGGAUCGCGAGGUCGUCGUCAUCCGUAAUGGCAAUAGAGAAAUGAUCUCCAUCUAUGAGCUUUUGGUCGGUGAUGUUGUUUCUCUCGAAACAGGUGACAUCAUCCCGGCAGAUUGUGUCUUCAUUCAUGGCGAAGUGGAAUGUGAUGAAUCUGCUUUGACUGGUGAGUCCAACACUAUUAAAAAGAGAUCAGCUAGAGAAGCAGGCCUUUUCUACGAGGACUAUGCCGAUGGGCCAGAAGACUUGGGCUCUCCCAAUGUGAAGUUCCCUGAUCCAUUUCUCAUCUCGGGCGCAAAAGUCUUGUCUGGUGUUGGAACUGCUAUUGUCACUGCUGUUGGUCCCAAUUCGAUCCAUGGUAGAACCAUGUCAUCUCUCGAUACAGAAUCUGAGGUUACUCCUUUGCAAGCCAGAUUAGACAACUUGGCCGAGGGAAUCUCCAAAUACGGUUUUUUGGCUGCUUUGGUUCUCUUUGUUGUUUUACUCAUUCGUUUUGCAGUGAACAUAGCGCCAAAUGGCAAAUUGCAUGAUCUCGAACCUGCUGAAAAAGGAAAAGACUUCGUUGACAUUUUGAUUGUUGCUGUGACUAUUGUGGUGGUUGCAGUGCCAGAAGGCCUUCCUUUGGCCGUUACUCUCGCAUUGGCUUUUGCAACUACAAGAAUGGCCCAAAAUGGUAAUUUAGUUCGUGUAUUGCGCUCUUGUGAAACCAUGGGUGGUGCAACAGCCAUUUGCUCAGACAAGACAGGAACUCUUACAGAGAACAAAAUGCGUAUUGUUCGUGCCUUUGUUAACGAGGAUGUGUCUUUCGAUGAGACUGCCAACGCAGGAAUUACCAACAAAGCUAUGCAUUCGACGGAAAUGAUUCCAAAAAUUGACUCUGAACUUCGUGAUGCAAUUGCUUCUAAUAUACUUUUCAAUUCCACCGCUUUUGACAAUCCUGACUAUGACGAGGCAAAAGCAUUGCAAGCAAGAGAAAGACCUCAACAACGUUCCUUUCUUUAUCAUUUAUUCCACAAUGAUGAUGAUAAACAAAAGGAGCAGCAGAAAUUGGGUGUUGAAUCAGAGCCUUAUUUAGGAAACAAGACCGAAUCUGCUCUUUUAAUUUUGGCUAAGGAACGCUUCAACAUGUUUGACAACAAUUCUUUAGUUAGUCAGAGAAACCAAAUCUCAGACGACAUUGUUCAGGUUAUCCCAUUCGAGAGUAUUCGUAAAUGGUCUGGUGUGGUUAUCAAAACCGGAUCUGGCUAUCGCUUGUACAUCAAAGGUGCCGCUGAGAUUGUCUUCCGCCACUGUUCUCAAUUUCACAAUACGCAAAAACAAAUCGAAGCAAUGACUAGGGACGACCGCUCUGAAGUCUUGAAGAAGGUAGAUGAGUACGCAGACGACGCCUUGCGUGCGAUCAUGCUAGCUCACAAGGACUUCCCGGAUGUAUCUAGUUGGCCACCUAAAGAGCUCGUUGAUGAGCAGAACCCCGACCAUGCUGAUGUUGAAAAAAUCAUUGACUCUGGUGCCUCUGCUCAUCUGUCAGAUGCAAACUUUGUUAUGGAUUUCUUGGUUGGUAUUCAAGACCCCUUGAAACCAGGUGUCGCUGAGGCUGUGAAUCAAUGUAAGAGAGCAGGUGUCACUGUUCGCAUGGUUACUGGUGAUAACUUGGCUACCGCCAAGGCUAUCUCGAGAAGUUGCAACAUCUUGACUCCUGCCGACUCGUCCAAUGAGUACGCACACAUGGAAGGACCACAAUUCCGUGCUCUCAGUCCAGAGAAGAGGGCAGAGAUUGUCCCACAGUUGCGUGUGCUUGCUAGAUCUUCUCCUGAAGAUAAGAGAAUUUUGGUUGAGACGCUUCGCACGGCUGGUGAAGUUGUUGCUGUCACUGGUGAUGGUACGAACGACGCACCAGCUCUUAAACUUGCCGAUGUUGGUUUCUCAAUGGGAAUAAGUGGAACUGAAGUUGCAAGAGAAGCUUCUGAUAUUAUUCUUAUGACUGACGAGUUCACCGAUAUUGUACAAGCUAUCAAAUGGGGAAGGACUGUGGCAGAAUCCAUCAAGAAGUUUAUUCAAUUUCAAUUAACUGUGAAUAUCACUGCUUGUGUCUUGACUUUCGUCUCUGCUGUUGCCUCCCUGGAUGGUCAUUCUGUUUUAACGGCUGUCCAAUUGUUGUGGGUCAAUUUGAUCAUGGACACAUUAGCUGCAUUAGCCUUGGCUACUGACAAACCCGACGAUUCCUUGCUCAACAGAAAACCUGCCGGUAGAACGGCUCCUUUGAUUAGUGUCUCAAUGUGGAAGAUGAUUCUUGGUCAGUCCAUCAAUCAGUUGGUUAUCACCUUCGUAUUGCAUUUUGCUGGUCAGAAAAUCUUCUUUAAAGGAGAAGUUGUCACCAAUUAUCAGAAAGCUCAAUUGGAUGCCAUGACAUUCAAUGCCUUCGUGUGGUUACAGUUCUGGAAGUUGUUCGUCACUAGAAAGUUAGACGAAUGUGCUGAUGUUCGGGACAUCAAAGGACGUAUUAAUGCCGAAAACCUUAAUUUCUUUGCGCACCUUUUCCGCAAUUGGUACUUUGUCGCCAUUGCAUUGCUUAUUGGAUCUAUGCAAGUUUUGAUUAUGUUUGUUGGAGGUGCUGCCUUCUCAGUUAAAGAGCAGACUCCUGCCAUGUGGGGCACUGCCAUUAUCUGUGGUAUGCUUUCUAUUCCAAUUGGUGCCAUAAUUCGUAUAAUUCCUAACUGGUGGGUUGUCAAAAUCUUCCCAACCAGAGCCUUCAAGGCGUUCUUGUUCUACGUCGGAUUUGGAUGGACAAGCAAGAAAAACCGCAUGAAACGGGCCGAGAAAGAUUUGGAGAAGAAUGAUGGUCUUGAAAAGGAUGAGUCCAAAUAG